AGCUGGGUAAAAAGCUUCCGAAAACGCGCCGAAGCAAUCAUUGCGCUGCCGUUGUUGGUAGUUUCGCUUGGCGGUAAACGCACGGUGACGAAACUGCUGUGAUUCGAAAAGCCAAUUUACCACUCUUUGACCUUCUUGAUCGUCGCCCCCGCAAGAUUGAGCGGGUGCUGAGCUUACACGUUGCAUUCUUACGUAUUCUUCACAGAUGGCCAACUCGAAGCGCCUGCUUGAGGCAAUGCGGCUUCAGUUCCAGUGGAUCCCGGUGCUGAUAACCGAUCGUAGUCACCACACCAGCGGUGCCGAGCGUAAGCGAGCCUUUCUAUUCGUUCUCCUCCACGCCGCCUUCGCGCUGGUUGUGUGUGGCCACUUCAUGAGCGUCAUCGCGUCGUGGGUGCUCGCAUUUGUGCUGCAGGUGGGCGCGAUGGGCCUGUGCCUCAUGCAUCUCGCCCUCCUCGAGGAGUACGUCGAUCGAAUGAACAACUCGCUGGAGUUGGAGCAUACCAUCAACCCCUUAAUUGUGGCCGGGGUCGCGGUGCGGUCGUUUGCGUGCCUGCAGUGCCUUCUUUCCCGCUCGUGGUGUCUGCUGUUGGCCGGCAGCAUCGAGCUCAUCUACGACCUGUACGUGGUCCAGCGACGCUCUCUCUUGAUUGACGCAACGACAAUUUGGAAGGAAAUUGGCGUUUUUCGCACGGAUGGCCGCAUCCGCCUUGUGUAUCAGGUGAUCAUGGUGUUCGCGGCUAUUUUGUACUUGGUGAUGAGUCUGUAUAGCGCCUGA